AUGAGUGACCAGGAUACCAAGCCUGUCGAGGCUGUCGACACUCCUAUUGCGCCUGCCGAAGUCAAGUCUGUCGAGUCCGAGUUCAAGCAGGAGACUACCUCUGAGAAUCCCAAGGCGGACGAGGAGAUGGUCGGCGCCCCUGCAGUUAACACUGAGCCCAUCGCCGAUGUCAAGGUCGAGGUCAGGGAAGAGACCGAGCCGAACGCCGAGGACAAGGACAGCACCAAGGACGAGAAAGAUGCCGGCGAGACGAAGCCUGUGGGCCCCUCCAUCUUCAACCCCCCUGCGAACAUGUUGAAGGUCAGACGCAACAAGCAUCACGGCAAGCCAUUCACAAAGCCAGAUCCCGUUGUCCUUCCGGAUUCUGAUGACCCCGAAGAUAUUCGUAAACAGGUCCACUUCUACUUUAGUGACAGCAACCUUCCGGGAGACAAGUACAUGUGGGGCCAGACUGGAGGCGAGGAGAACAAGCCUGUGCCUGUGUCCAAGAUCGCCAGCUUCGCACGCAUGCGUCGAUUCAAGCCCUACACUGCUGUCAUCAAUGCCCUGAAGGCCAGCAGCUUCCUAGUGGUGGAAGGCGCAGAAGGCGAGGAGACAGUUCGGCGAAAGAACGCGUACGAUCCAAGCAAGAAACUCACGCCCAACCAGGUCAUAGAGCGCAGCGUCUACGUGAAAGGUUUUGGUGAAGGAGAACCCGACACCCAAAUUCAGGUCGAGGCUUUCUUCAGUCAGUUUGGAGAGUACAGCGAGGUCCGUCUUCGCAAAGAUGACAAAGACAUUGAGCACAAUAAACCCUUCAAGGGAUCUGUAUUCGUCCAGUGGGCCGACAAGGAGACAGCCGAGAAGUUUAUGGCAUUGGAUCCGAAGCCACAGUGGAAGCAGCACGAUCUGUUGAUCCUAUGGAAGCAAGAUUACAUGGACCAGAAGGCACAGGCUAUCCGGGAGGGCAAGUUGGAGCCCAUGGACGGUCCUUCGCGUUCCCACCGUGGCCGUGGUGGCCGAGGUCGCGGCCGUGGACAGUCCCGAGGCAAUCACCGAGGAGGUGAUUCAGACGACUGGAAGAAGCGACGCGAGCAAGAUCAGCAGAAUGGCUUCCGAGACAACAAUGGUCGCGGUCGGGGUCGCGGUCGAGCACGUGGCCGUGGUCGUGGCCGUGGGCGAGACGGUCAUGAGAACGGCGACCGUCAUGUCAAGCAAGAGGACGAGCAGCCGCGCGAUGACGGACGCCCCAAGAUUCACACCAGCAAGGAGGGUGCAAAGGCUAUGGCAGAGGCCAAGGCGAAGGAGACCGAGACGAAUGGAAAGCGUGCCAGAGAGGAGGAUGGUGCUGCAGGAGAACCCCCGGCGAAGAAGGUCGACACCAAGGAAGGAGCCGCCACCGAUGCAGCCUAA